AAACUUUCUAGUCUAACAGGUCUCUGUCGCUAACAGUCCUCUCUGUGAUACAAUUGGAUUUCUAAUCCGUCUCGGAUUGACUAAACAAAGAGUUUUAUUUUUUUUUAGCUGAAUGACAUCGUUUUAAGUUGACUUCUCCAGUUGAUAUACGAUAACAUCAGCCUGGGGUUUGAUUUUCUCUGCAGAUUUUUGAGCUGUGUUAGUUUUUGAAAGGGUAUACGAGUUUGUGGAGUUGAGGAUUGAGAAACAAGAUUAGGAACAAUGGCGGGUGGCUUUGCUGAAGACGGAAGGAAUUUGAAGAGAGCUCAUCUUUAUGAGUCAAGAAUCACUGGUUAUUUCAUCUUCGCUUGCAUUGUGGGUUCAAUGGGAGGAUCCCUCUUUGGCUAUGAUCUUGGUGUUUCUGGUGGUGUGACUUCCAUGGAUGACUUCUUGAAGGAAUUUUUCCCAAAGGUGUUCAGAAGAAAGCAAGCGCAUCUUCAUGAGACAGAUUACUGUAAAUACGACAAUCAGAUUCUGACCCUAUUUACUUCGUCGCUCUACUUUGCUGGUCUUAUUUCGACGUUCGCAGCGUCCUAUGUGACCAGAAGCAAAGGUAGGAGGGGAAGUAUACUUGUAGGAUCUAUCAGUUUCUUUCUUGGGGCAAUUCUAAACGCCGCCGCUGUGAACGUCUUUAUGCUCAUUGUUGGACGUAUCUUUCUGGGUAUCGGUAUUGGAUUUGGUAACCAGGCAGUUCCUUUGUAUCUGUCAGAGAUGGCACCUGCAAAAGUCAGAGGAGCAGUGAACCAACUGUUUCAAUUGACAACUUGUUUGGGAAUUCUGGUUGCAAACAUUAUAAACUAUUUUACAGAGCAGAUUCAUCCAUGGGGAUGGAGACUCUCUCUUGGUUUGGCUACUGUUCCUGCAACUCUCAUGUUCAUUGGUGGCUUAAUCCUUCCUGAGACUCCUAACAGUCUUGUAGAAAGAGAUAGAUUAGAGGAAGCAAAGAGGAUAUUGAUCAAGGUUAGAGGAACCACUAACAUUGAUGCUGAGUUUACUGAUCUCAUUGAAGCAAGCAAUGCAGCGAAAGCUGUUAAGCAUCCUUUUAGGAAUCUUUUGGCCAGGAGAAAUCGACCCCAGUUGGUUCUUGGAGCCCUCGGAAUCCCAGCAUUCCAGCAACUCACUGGAAAUAAUUCAAUCCUUUUCUAUGCUCCAGUGAUGUUUCAAACCUUGGGUUUCGGUUCAAAUGCAUCUCUUUUCUCUACACUCAUAACUGGUGUGGCCCUUGUUGUUGCUGCCUUGAUUUCAAUGGCUUUGGUAGACAAGUUUGGUCGAAGAUUUUUCUUUUUGGAAGCUGGUGCUGAGAUGUUUAUUUACAUGAUCACAGUAGCAAUCUCUCUGGCUAUCAGCUUUGGAGAUGGAAAGGAGCUUCCUAAAGGGCUUGGGACUUUCCUCGUGAUCAUCAUCUGCUUGUUUGUGUUGGCUUAUGGUAGGUCAUGGGGUCCUCUAGGAUGGCUUGUCCCUAGUGAGCUUUUCCCCUUGGAGACAAGGUCAGCUGGACAGAGUAUGGUGGUCUGCGUCAACCUCAUUUUCACAGCCCUAAUUGCUCAGUUGUUCCUAGUCUCGCUCUGUCACCUCAAGUUCGGAAUCUUCUUGCUCUUUGCCACCUUGAUUCUCAUCAUGAGCAGCUUCAUCUACUUCCUCUUGCCAGAAACAAAGCAAGUCCCUAUCGAGGAAGUGUAUCUUCUCUUCCAAAGUCACUGGUUCUGGAAGCGCAUUGUGGGAGAAGAAACACAUGAUGCAGCAACCCAAAUGGCUCAAAAGGGGGAAUCGACGGUUUAGACGCACAAGAACAAGAAACAAGGUUUUAACCAUUAGAAUAAAGAAUGAGAAGCGAGGACCAUAAUUUUUUAGGCAAACCCAGCUGAAUUUAUUUCCUCUUUUUAUUUUUACUACAUCAAAUGUAUUUAUUUCUGCUACUCUUGAGCUUUUAAUGCAUUGAAUUACUCAA